AUGUGGAGCGACAAAAUCGGCGGUAGGAUUUUUGAGGCAGAAAAAAAGUCCCGCUAUCUCGGUAUACCAACCCUUCUUUAUCAAACCAAGCAUGAACAAAUCCCUUGGGGAUGGAAUACGUUACCCGAGGGGUCUGCGGUCAAGAAGGUUGCCGUGAGACCCGAUACUAUCUCGAUAAUGGACUUUGGUAUUGUCGACGCGGGUGUCCAAAUUGCAGAAGAUGCCGACGAUUUUGGAAAUCUAGGCAAAACACAUCGCCUGAAGAGAGAAAUCAGGGAGAAGGGAAGCAAGACACUUCGUGGCCGUCCGGCCUACACGCUUUUCUUGCAAACAUACCAGCUUAUCCUUUGGAAACAAUGUGAUGUCUUGGUUCAUGAACAUGGUUUCCCAGAGGAACUUGAGCUUAUUGUUCGCGAUCUCUGGGCUCUUCGUCUGCAGGAUUUUGAAACGAGAAUCACUGAAGCUACUGAAGAUGACGAUGUUGACACCGAAACUGAGCUGUUUAGCUCACAGCCCGCAGGAGAUGAAUCUCAUGACAUGGGAUUUAAACCAAACUCCAGGUAUCUCGAAUGGCCUCGUCUGAUUGAUACCGUUGCAACAUGUUAUCUCGCAGCGUUUUUGAUGCGGCUCCCUGUCUGUGUCGUUGAUUUUCACGAUAUGAUAAUGCGCCAGAAGAUCCCUUACGCCCGGGUCCUGGCAACUGUCCCUCGGGAAAUGAGAGAUAGGCUUCCGCCAGAACUGACUGCAGUCCUUGAAGCCAAUACGAUCCCUGAUGCUCAACGGUUCCACCGCAGUGUCCUGGCAAUAGUGCUAUUCUAUCAGAGCCGGUUCGAAUUGGAACUUCCCGCAUUGAAUACGCCCAUGGUUCUUUUCCGGCUCCUUAAAAGAUUAGCUUUACCAAUUGAGAUAUAUGAUGCAACUAGGGUCUUACAAGAGAUGCUAGGCUUCACAUUCAAGUAUCCAACAGCAGGUUCAUACGAUGCCCGAAAAAGACAACAUCACCUUCCCGACUUGCAAUUGAUGGCAUUAAUCAUCAUUUCUACGAAACUACUUUUCCCACUCGAUGGUUUGAAAAGAUACCCCACCACAGAUAGAGAGCCCGCUACGCAGAUUAUGGACUGGGACCUAUGGGCAAGUGCCCAGAGAACAUUGGAUCAAGAUCACCAAUUUGGGGGCAAAAUUGGAAAAAAGACCGCCGUUCAGAUCACAGACCAAGAUGUGUUGGACAUGACACCUGCCCAAUUAGACGAUUACAUGGACUGGUACGAAAGCAGUUGGCUAGAUACUUCCAAAGCCCCCAGUCACAUCGCCGAAAUGUUUCCCAUCUGCCGAGAAGAGCAGGAUAUCCAACCAACCUCCACCGCUGCCCCGGGAUCACUCUCUACUUCUGCCUCGGCCCCUCCAUCUGCUCCUAUCCCUGUCCCUGCUCUUGCUCCUGUUCUUCAUGAAGAUCAUGAAACCCCUGGUGCUCCCAAUGAUGCUCCUGUUCAUGCUCCUCCCGAAAGUACUGGGGAAAAGCUCGACAAUUUGCUACAAACGGUCAUGCAAGUCCUUAGAGUCAGGAGGGUCAUCCCUGACGAAGAUGACGAUCACAGGCGUCCCGGCGAGUGGUAUCACCGGUAUCGAUGGGAAUCACAUCUCAGUGGCCCCGCACGGACUCUUUACGAGGUGGCAGCCCAGCUGGCUGCAGUCCCAUUAAAAACUCUUGUCCGUGCUGUCACAGUUAUCGAGUCCAAGAUCGCACAGAAAGAAGAAGAGCGACAGAACAGAGAAUACUUCGCUAGUCUGGGAACAAAAGGAAUGGACACUGACGACAGCGAUGCUGACCACACGUAUGGAGUAGAGGAUUUUGAAGCAGAUAUGUCCGCGGCAGAGUAUGAAGAUAUGGACGAUGAUGAUUUCAUGUCCAAUUCAAAGAUGUGCUCCGCCUGGAACACAGCGACCGACAGCCGACAACAACGAAAACUCGCAACCACUAACAUCGUCUUUUUCCGCGCCGUUCCAGUGCAGAUUUUCGUCAAGACCCUGACGGGUAAGACCAUUACCCUCGAUGUCGAGUCGAGCGACACCAUCGACAAUGUCAAGACCAAGAUCCAGGAUAAGGAGGGUAUUCCCCCUGACCAGCAGCGCCUGAUCUUCGCCGGCAAGCAGCUCGAGGAUGGCCGCACCCUGAGCGACUACAACAUCCAGAAGGAGUCCACCCUUCACCUUGUCCUGCGUCUCCGUGGUGGUAUCAUUGAGCCUUCCCUCAAGGCCCUUGCCUCCAAGUUCAACUGCGACAAGGCCAUCUGCCGCAAGUGCUACGCUCGUCUCCCUCCCCGUGCCACCAACUGCCGCAAGAAGAAGUGCGGACACACCAACCAGCUCCGCCCCAAGAAGAAGCUCAAGUAA